CAUUUAAAUGCAUCUGAUCUGUUUGAGCGCUAUGGCAGUCAGAGGCACGUGACUAUUGAUACAGCUCAUUAAUUUAAGACAUUUUGUGGAAAGAGAUAGUAAUAAAAGUCGAGCUGGAGAGUAAUUACACACUUAAUGUUAUAGUUACUAUCUGACAAAAGAGAGGACUGGCGUUAUGUUUAAGAAUAAGUCUGCCUGGUUUUCAAGCAGCGUGCCACAGACUUAUCAAAACUUCUGGAUACUGGAAGGUGGCACCAUUGCUAGCUGGAGGACAGCAGAUUAUCUUUUCAGCGAGGAUGCUACAUGUCCCGAUACUCUGAGUAUAUUUGAGAGCAAAGAUUGCCUUUGGAGCAAGGUGACAGUUUUUCAUAGCAUGUUUCUGUCUGCCUGUAAGAAGCGCCAGAGUGUGAAGUCUGUGAGCAUCGGCCAUUAUGUUCUUCCUCCAGCUUCAGUACAGGAUGAAGUCCGAAAUGUGGUUGGGAGGUUGAUUUGGGAGCAUGAAGAGGAGCAGCCAGUAGCACAGGGCUCCCCUGAGGGCUUUAGCUGCCAAACAGAAGAUGGGUACAAUGAAGGACAAGUCAGCAGAAGCAACUCUGAACCAUCUGACUCAGACACACCAGAAAGUGAAGCCUUGCUAUGUGGUAAUUUGCAGGAUUAUCCUGUUAAUUACAUGCUUACAGGGUAUAUCAGCAUGGACAACCUACAGAAAUACUCAGGUGAUCUGUGUGAUUUCCAUCCCGUGUGUGUCCAAUGCUCCAACUGAAAACCCUCACAUAGGCAAACAUGCACAGAAAAGCAUGUUAAAGAAGAACAAGCAGCAAUUGUUCUGUUCACAGGUGUCAGCUGUAGGCAAUGCAGACACACUGUUUAUUUUGUUUGCAUUUCUUAUCUGCAUUUAAGUAUGCUGACUGACUUAAAAUAAACGAGUGUAUUACCGGU